AUGGCUCGUCAAAACUCCAUUGAUUCAAAGUUAUCAGCCGAUAGCAGAGCCAAUUUAAAGGGUGAUAAGGAUAUCAUCACCACAAUCGAGUCAAAUUCCUCGUUUGAGUCUGAAAAAUAUGAUAAAAACCCAUUUUUAGAUCCCAAGGUGGAAGAAUAUUAUCGCGACUUGUACACAAAGUCGAGGUAUGAAAGUUACUCAGCAUUUGAUCCCACUUUUGAAUGGAGCGAAGAGGAAGAAAAAGUUGUUGUCAGGAAGUUGAAUUGGCGGGUCGCAUUCACUUCUUGCCUUUUGUUUGUUAGUUUGCAAGUCGAUAGAGGUAAUAUACAUCAAGCGGUGUCAGACAAUAUGUUGGACGAUUUGGGGUUGGACACUAACGACUAUAAUAUGGGUAAUACUAUUUUCCUUGUCAGUUUCUUGCUUGCAGAAGUUCCGUCCCAAUUGAUCUCAAAGGCAUUGGGUCCAGAUAUCUUCAUUCCCUUCCAAAUAUGUGCUUGGAGCAUCGUUGCUAUGUGCCAAGCUGCAUUGAAAGGAAAAGCCAGUUUUUUUGUGACAAGAUUCUUGAUUGGAGCCUUGGAAGGUGGAUUCAUUGCCGACUUGGUAUUAUGGUUGAGUUACUUUUUUACCAGUAAGGAGUUGCCUAUCAGGUUGUCAUGGUUCUGGACCACGUUGUCCUUAGUUCAAAUAGCUACUUCAUUAAUGGCAUUUGGAAUCUUACGAUUACACACAUGGGGAUGGCAUGGAUGGCAAUUCCUUUUCUUGAUUGAAGGUGGCUUCACUUUACUUAUUGGUAUAGCAUCUUGGUUUUUAAUGGUACCUAGUGCUGUUCAGACUAAAACCAAAUGGAAUCCCAAAGGUUGGUUCACAGACAAAGAGGAGAAAAUCGUGGUUAACCGUAUUCUUAGAGAUGAUCCUACCAAAGGAUCAAUGAAUAACCGUCAAGCAAUAGGUCCCAAGAAUAUGCUCAAGUGUCUAAUUGAUUAUGAUAUGUGGCCGCUUUAUGUUGUUGGGAUUGUUGCCUACAUCGGACAAAGUACUUUCCAGUCAUACUUUACCUUGAUGAAUAGACAAUUGGGAUUUUCUGUUUUCAACACCAACUUGUUGACUAUUCCUUCAACUGUUAUUCACAUCAUUUUUCUCUUGAUGAUAUCCUGGUUCUCGGAGAAAAUUGGUGAAAGGUCUUUUGUAUGCUGUCUUGCACCGCUUUAUGCUACUCCUUUAAUGGGUGUCAUCAGGUGGUGGUCAGGCUCAGGAAAAGAUAUAUGGGCAACGUGGGUGUUGAAUACAUUGUACUUAGGACAGCCUUACAUUCAUGCCAUUGUUGUUGCUUGGGUGUCAAGAAACUCCAAUUCAGUCAGAAACAGAUCAAUUUGUUCUGCUUUAUACAAUAUGUUUGUUCAAUUGGGAAACAUCAUUGGUAAUAACAUAUAUCGUGAGGAUGAUAAACCUAUGUACAAAAGAGGAAAUAUGCAAUUGUUUGUCAUUACAUUCAUCCUUAUACCCAUCUUGGUGCUCACCAAAUUCUACUACGUUUGGAGAAACAAGAGCAAGGAAAAGGUUUGGAAUGCAAUGAGUGAAGAAGAAAAAUAUGAGUAUAGAACAACAACGAAACAUGAAGCUAACAAGAGAUUAGACUUUAGGUUCGAUCAUUAG